AUGAGUGAGGAACUGGUCACUAUUGACAUACAGGACGGCGUAGCCGAUGUCAGGCUGAACAGGGUUGAUAAGUACAACGCCCUGAGUCCUGAAAUGUUCGCGGCCAUCAUUGCUGCCGGUGAACAACUCGCCCAGGCACCUGAAGUUCGCGCCGUUGUACUCUCAGGCAAUGGCCGCGGUUUUUGUGCGGGUUUGGAUAUGGGCAGUUUUGCACGCAUGGCUGAAGAGUCUGGCGGUAAUGGUGACCCUUCAGAUAGCAGCUCCACUGCUGCUCUUCUGCAACGUGGCGAACGACCUGAAAAUCACGCGCAGCAGCCUGCUUACGUCUGGAAACGCCUGCCGGUACCGGUGAUCAGUGCGAUUCAUGGCGUAGCUUACGGCGGCGGCUGUCAGAUUGCGUUGGGUGCGGAUAUCCGCAUUGCUGCUCCAGACAUGAAGAUGUCAAUUAUGGAGAUUAAAUGGGGCCUGAUCCCUGAUAUGAGUUUGACACAGACGUUGCGCGAUCUGGUGCCUUUAGAUGUUGCCAAGGAGCUGACAUUUACCGGCAAGGUUCUGAAUGGCCACGAAGCUAAAGAGUUAGGGCUGGUAACACAUGUGUCGGAGAAUCCGCUGGAGCACGCACUGCAGCUUGCGAAAGAGAUUGCCGGUAAAUCUCCCGAUGCCAUCCGUGCGGGUAAGCAGCUGCUGGAGAUUGCCUGGCAUGCUGAUGAGCGUAUCGGUCUUGAACUUGAAUCGGCUUUGCAGACGAUUUUGAUAGGGUCACCUAACCAGGUUGAGGCUGAGUUGCAACGCCGCAGGUAUCUGGCGAAGCAGCAGGGUGGCAAAGUGGGGAUCGCCAAACAGCACAGCAAAGGCCGUUUGACGAUCCGCGAGCGGAUUGAGGUUCUACUUGAUGAACGGAGUUUUCGUGAGCACGGUCAAGCCACCGCCAGUCCGGUUUAUGAUGACAAUGGUGACAUAGAAGAUUAUGUACCGGCCAACUAUGUGGUUGGCUUCGGCAAAAUCGCGCAACGCCGUGUGGUGGUGGGCGGCGAAGAUUUCACCCUGAAAGGUGGUUCACCUAAUGCAGCCGGGUUGCGUAAGAGUGUUUAUGCUGAGCACCUUGCGGUGCAAUACAAAGUACCACUGGUGCGCUUGUUGGAAGGUGGCGGUGGCAGUGUCAAAGGCUCGGCUAAAAAAGGCGGCACCGUCGGGGAUCCUGUUUUUGCCGAACCGCGCUUUAAGAUCAUCGCUGAUGCGAUGUCCCAGAUACCCGUGGUGUCUGGCGCCAUGGGUGCGGUUGCUGGCUUUCCUGCCGGGCGGCUGGUGGCGUCACACUUUUCAGUGAUGACAAAGCAUACUGCCCAGGUCUUGAUAGGCGGCCCUGCACUUGUUGAGCGUGCCCUGGGCGUCAAAAUGAACAAAGACGAACUUGGUGGCGCGCAGGUGCAUUCACGCAGCGGGGUGAUUGAUAACCUCGCUGAAGAUGAACACGAUGCCAUCUCUCAGCUGCGGCGGUUCCUCAGUUACCUGCCCAGCAGUGUAUGGGAACGAACGCCACGUCAGGCUUGUACCGAUCCAAUCGACCGGAUGGAAGAAGAGCUGCUGAAUUGCGUGCCGCGGGAAUCCAACGCGCCAUUUGAUAUGCGCGCCAUAGUUAAUAUGGUUGUAGAUAAGGACAGUUUUUUUGAAACUGGCGCUGACUUUGGUCCAAGUCAGAUCUGUGGUCUUGCCCGUCUUGACGGCCAGCCGGUGGGUAUACUGGCAAAUGACUGCAAUUUUUAUGCUGGCGCUAUGACUGCUGAGGCUGCGCAGAAGUAUCGACGGUUUGUCGAGAUGUGUGACACUUUCCACGUGCCGGUGGUGAAUUUUGUAGAUCAGCCGGGCUUUAUGAUUGGUCCUGAAUCAGAGCGAAGCGGCACCAUCCGCUAUGGUAUGGCGGCGGUUGCUGCAGCAGCUCAGGCGACGGUGCCAUGGGCUGUGGUUCAGGUGCACAAAGGGUUUGGUGUGGCGACCGCGGCACACUACGCGCCAGGCAAUUACGUGCUCGCCUGGCCGUCCGUCGAAUCUGGUGCGCUGCCUCUGGAGGGCGGCGUUGCCGUCGCUUACCGGCGUGAGAUUGAAGCUGCCGAGGACCCUGAAGCGAAGCGGCGCGAAUACGAAGAUAAGCUGCGCGAGGGCCGAUCACCUUUUCCCCGUGCUGUGGCCAUUGUCACCGGCGCCGGUGGCGGUCUUGGUCGCUGCCAUGCACUGGAGCUUGCUCGUCGGGGCGCUAAGGUUGUGGUCAAUGACCUCGGUGGUGCCAUGGAUGGAACCGGUGGUUCUUCCGCAGCAGCGCAAAGCGUGGUUGCCGAGAUUGUGGCAGCGGGUGGUGAAGCAAUUGCCAAUGGGGGUUCGGUGUCCGAUCGAGCCGGCGCCAAAAGCAUUGUUGAUGACGCGAUGAAUGCCUGGGGCCGCGUUGAUAUUCUGAUCAACAAUGCAGGCAUCCUGCGUGACAAGUCGUUCGCCAAAAUGAGCAUGGAUGACUUUGAUAUGGUCAUGGAUGUGCAUCUGACUGGUGCCGCUAACUGUACCCAUUUUGUGUGGCCCAUUAUGCGCGCACAAAACUACGGCCGUAUUCUGAUGACAACAUCACCCACGGGUCUAUAUGGCAAUUUUGGUCAGGUGAAUUAUGGCGCGGCAAAGCUUGCCCAGGUUGGCAUGAUGAACUCGCUUAAGAUUGAAGGUGCGAAAAACAACAUCCACACCAACACGAUUGCGCCAGUCGCAGCAACGCGGAUGACGGAAGAUCUGAUACCGGAAGCGGCGCAGGAAAAACUGGGGCCGGAACUGGUUACCCCGGCAGCUAUUUUUCUGGUCAGUGAAAAUGCGCCAAACGGCGUGAUCAUCCAGGCACAGGGUGGACAGUUUUCAAUGGCGGUUAUUGUAGAAAAUCAGGGUGUUAAUCUUGGUGUAGACGCUGAUGCUGACGAUAUAGCAUCAAACUACGAGCAGAUUUCUGACCUGAGCGAAGUUAAGCCGCGUGGGAUGUUGCAGCUGAGUUCGUCUUAA